GAAUGGGGAAGAAGAAAGGAGGCAAGGGGAAGAAAGAGAAGUCAGAAGAUGGCCUUCCGCCACCUCCGGACCUCGAUAGCCAGAAGGAAGGUGCGCGGGAGGCGCUGCUAACAUUCAGGAUUCAGGGCAAGGAGGACUCAAUACUGACGUAUGAAGAGGAAGCGGAAAACUUCAAGGACAGAAAUUACCGCCAGAAAGAGAAGAACUACGACCUGCGGACGGUUCAGACGGGCUACAGGAAGGCGAUGCUGCAGCAGGCCCUGGAGUAUGAGAGCCAGGAGGCCGAGAAACAAGAGGUGACGGCCGAGGCAGUGGAGGAGGCAAUGCUGGAGAGACUGCAGCUGGCCAGAGACAUGGAGACGGCGCUUGAAGAUCUUGAGGACACAAUAGUGGCAGUGGGGCAGAAAUUAGAGGUAGAGAGACGAGAAUUGGACAAGUGGCUGGAGUACAAAGAAGAAGCUGUGCACACUGAAGAGACUCGCACACAAGAGAUGAAGCAGCAAAUGAAAGAGAUGAGGGACAAAGAGAUUCAAAUGGAGAAACAGAUCGGCUUCAGGCCACACCACCUGUCAUAUUAUCUCCUGGCAAAGUGGAUCUUGUGCUCUGCAUCCCACACUUUCUCUCACAGUGAGCAAGAGAGCAGAAUGGGAGAGGCCAGACUGGAGAUAGAGGCCAAGUGGCAGAAGAGGAUGGAGAGAGAGAAGGACAGGGUCUCUGAGAAACUACUUGACUCCAUGGACAAAGAGGGUCGGGCAGAAAUGGUGGACAACGGCUGGUUGAAAAGAGAGAUUGUGGCAGUCGGUGAGAUGGUGACAGAGCUGAAGAGAGAGGUGGAGUACUUGGAGCAGAGGAAUCUCCAGCUGCUGGAGGAGAUGCAGCGAGAACAGCUACAACAGCUGGAGAUAUCCAUUGGUCUUCUGCGGGCCUCAACAGGGCACACUCGUAUCUCAUCAUCCCACGCUGUGGGAGACAGUGGAGCGAGUCCCUCCCUCCCAUCUCUGGUGGACGUCAGCAAAAACACCACCACUUCCAGUGGAACUGCAGGGAGGCUGGGACAAGUAGAGAGACAGACCCUCCACAUCAGAGGGGGUGUGGCCCCAUUGGCCCUGCCCCCUGACUCCACCCACCUCCCUCCCCUGGCCCAGCAGAGGAGCUGUCACUCGGCACUCCCACCUCGUGGCACGUGGCCAGUCACUGCUGACAUGUUGGACUCUAUCACAUGACACUCAUAGCCUAUAAUAGAAUUGUGUUUAAAGUGAUUUUGGUGUUCUCUUUAACCUAUCCCCCUAUGUCUCUAUAAUAUUAGCCCGAAUACGUAUAAUCUCAGUGGCCAGAAUGUACAUUGACCAUAGCAGAUACUGCAGACACUCUACUGCAUCUCAAAUGUGUUGCUUUU